AGGACGAUAACUUGCGGAGUUGGAGCCACUCGCUGCCGCUUCGUCAGGAGGGUCCUACAGCCGAUGUGGCCGAGAGUCGCGGAGAGCUCCAGCGUCGGAGGUGCUGAUUCAAUUUCACUUUCUUACCAUCUCACUGCAGACUCCGAGCAGAGGACCCGAGCGUCUUUGAGUUAAGACGGCUUCCACCUUUCCUCCCCCCUCCCCGACCCCCCAGCGAAGUGUCCCUCACCUUCCCCGGCUCGCUGCGUCUCCGCCGCCGGGAGACUGGAAGGGAAGAGCCCUUGACAGACUGGAAGCUCCGCCUGAGGCAAGACUCCGCUCGCAUAUAAAGCCGGGUGAAGGACACUAACACACCGACCAGUGGAAACUAUAUCUGCAGCAACCAUGGAGGUCCACACUACUUCCAGGAAACUAACUUUGCUCUCGUUUACCUUUCUGUGGGGGCUCUCAGGCAUAUGGGCUCAGAUCCAGAUGCCCCAACCCAGUGUGGAUGUGAUCAAGGGCCAGAUGGUGGUGCUGAGGGCCUCGUACAACACAGCACUAGGCAGUGACCCCAGUACCAACACCAUCCUCUGGAACUUUGUCUCUAACAACACCCAGCUGAUCAUUGCCUACACCAAAGGCUCCAUGAGCGUGGGCAGCUCCCAGUUUAAGGGCCGCGUUGGUUUUCACGCCAGCAUGCCCUCCAACGACGUGUCGCUGUACAUCAACAACACGCUGGAGUCGGACUCAGGACGCUACCUCUGCCAGGUCAUCAUUCCUGAUAAUUCUGGCCUCACUGCUGAGCUCAGUCUGGACGUGAAGGUCCCGCCUGCGGUUCCUAAGUGCUCUCUGUCAGGGAAGCCGGUGCUGAAGGGAAACGUGACUCUGAGCUGCUCAUCCAGCGCUGGGAAGCCCAUCCCUCUGUACAAGUGGAUGAAAACCAGUCCCACCUCGGAGGUCUUCUUCUCACCCAUGCUCAAUGAGAAGACGGGCACUCUGAAGCUGAACAACCUGAGCAGUAACAUGUCAGGGAAGUACGUGUGCAAGGCCAGCAACUCGGCCGGAGCCGAGAGCUGCUUCAUCAACCUGGAGAUCGUCACCUCCACUAAUGUGGGGAUGAUUGCUGGCGCCACGGUGGGCUCAGUGGUUGCCUUCAUCUUCCUCCUGCUCAUCUGCUUCCUUUUCCUGAUGAAGAGGCGGAGAGACAACGAGGACGACAUGGCCAACGAAAUCAAGGAAGACGCUCAGGCUCCCAAGCAUGUUUCCUGGGCUAAGGGUGGCCUGGGUUCAGAUACCAUCUCCAAGAAUGGCACCCUGUCCUCCAUCGCCUCCAGCCCCCAUCAUAAAGAACCCUCCCACCACCACCACAACCACCACCACCUGCAGCAGUACCCGCAACGCCCCCCUUCAGACACCGCCUCCAUCAUCACCGCCACGGGCAGCAUGGCCGGCUACCGCCCGUCCCGCCACCAGGGAGCCUCCACCCCCACCCACUACAGCUACAACAAUAACACCACCCUGCCCCGUGGCCAGGCCGUCCCCUCCGAGGCCGGGACCGAUGGGAGCUCCCUGCCCAGACCGGAGCGCAACGCCCAGCUGCCCCAGGCCCAGCUGCCACCCCAUGCUGCCUACAGUCAGCCACAGAUGCAGCUCCAGGCGGCUCCCUCCCCGCCACCGCUGCCCACCUCCACCGUCACAGCCUCCAAUAUCACCCGCAUGGGAGGGGUGCCAAUCAUGGUGCCUGCACAGAACCAAGCCGGAUCUUUGGUCUAACACCCGCUGCCUGUGCUGACAAAACAGUGCUGUUGACAAAAACGGUGGAACACUGUCCCUUAACACUCUCUGUGGUUUUGAUUUUUAAAGGGAACACGUUAACUACUAUUUAGCAAAGAAUUGCAGUAGAUGAAAAGGUCAAACUCACUUAUUGACGCUUUGCUUUAGCGCUAAGAAGCUUGAUUAUUGCAGACUGUUUACUUGCUUUAAGUCUUUUAUAUUCUGUAUGCACUGUAUACAUUGCAAACUAUGUAUAGAUAUGGUUUUCAUACAUUUGUCCAGUAUCCUCUUUUGUACUUAAUCAUUGCAUUUCUAAUAUUUUAUUUUGUUAUUUUCAAAUGUAGCUUUUUAAAUGUCAUGUUAUAUAUUGUUUCUUCCUGCCACACUAGUUCCACAGAGUGAGCAACGUAUGGAUCAUCAUGCGUGUGCGAUUCUCACGGAUGAAUAUACAGAUGAAAUAAGAAGAGGGUUACGCAGGUAUGCGCUACUUCGUCCACCAUCUUUACUCAAAAACUACUCAAAGGAGCAAUUAUUAAGACCAAAAAUAGGUUAAAGCACAAAAUAUCAGUACUGUUUAGAGGAGAGAAGUGAAGUUAGUGAGUACUGGGUGUAAUAUAUAAAGAUCUAUGUCUCAUUAA